AUGCUUUCUAAAAUAAUUAGAAAUCGUAAUCUUUAUAGAUUACCAUUUCAAAAUUCAGUUUCUUUUAGAAGAUUGUCAUCAAACACAUUUCCUUUACCAACCAUUAACCACCACAAUAAAUAUUUUACUUCAACCAAUAAUAAAGUAGAUACCAAUAAUAAUAGUUUUAGUAACAAUAGCAAUAGUAACAUUAGCUUUAAUAAUGGUAAUGGUGGUAGCAAUAUUAUAGAAGAUAAAAACAGCAAUGACUUUGACAAUGAAAAUGACCACGACUUGUAUGAUCACGAACCUCAAACCGAAAACGAAACUGAAAAUGGACUUGAAAACGACCAUGAUGCCGAAAAUGAUUUGGACGGUAUGAGUUUUAAAAUUCCAAAAAGAUUAAAAUUUUUAUUAGAAAAAUCAAAAUUUAACGAACAUCAAUCUAGCGAUAUUUUAUUAUCAUUUUUCGAAGAAAAUCAUCAGACUGGCAUACCAUAUUUAAUAUAUUCAGAGGAAACAGUUCAAGUUUUAGUAAAAUCAUAUUUAGAAUUGGAUAGAGUAGAAUCAGCAAUUUUUUACCUUCAAAAGCAGAAUUCUUUCAAAAGCUCCCGUUCAUUUGAAGCAAUUUCAGAAUAUUUUAUUAAAAAUAAUCAAAAAGAACAAUUAAUUCAAUUUAUGAAAGAUAAUAUUGAAAAACAUCAAUUUUCAUUAGAUUACUCAUCAUACAUCAGAAUAUUCAGAUUCAUUCCAAAGGUCAAUAACCUCAAUAAGCUAUUUAAAGAAUUGGUAGAAAUAUUCUUAUCAAAAGAAUGUUUAAUAUCAGAUUUAAUAACUGCCUAUAUAUUCAUCCUUAAAAAUAAACCAAUUUUUUACCCUCAAAUCAAUACAACUUUUAGUCAAUACAAUAAAUAUAUUUCAGAUACACAUAAAGACCUAAUAAUGUCAAGUUUAAUAUUAAUAGCUGUUAAAAAUAAAAAUAUCCCACAAAUAAAAAAUUUAGUAAAUAAUUGUAAUCAAAUAGAUCUAACUACUUUUCAAACUUUAGCAGAAUAUUUAAUUGAUGAUAAUAAUAUAGAUAAUAAUAAUAACAAAGCAAUAUCAGAAGAAAUUUUAAAUAAUAUCAAAUCAAAAAUAAAUCCAUUCAAAACAUCACUUUUAAUAUAUUAUAACGAAUCCAUUAAAAAAAAUGAUUUAAUUUUAAAUUAUUUAUUGGAUGAAAAUAUCAAAAACAACAAAAAGGUUAUCAAAUUAACUAUUCAACUUUAUUUAUUAGAAGACAAUACUCAAAAAGCAAUAGAAAACUUUAUUUCAGUAAUAGAUUCCCAUCAAAGUCCAGUUGUAACAAAAGAAAUGGUUAGAUUUGUUAAUGAAUUAGCCGAUCUUUUCGUAACCUACUAUUUAUCUAAAAAUAAAAUCUCAUCAAUUAAGUUUUGGAGAAAAUUAACAAAUAAAAAUAACCAACAAAAUAAUAUUGAUAAUGAUUCAAUUUCAAAUCAACUUUUAAUGGAAUUAAAUAUCUUAAAGCAACUUAAAGAGCAAAACAAACCAAACAAUAAACAACAAGAGUCAGAACCAAAACCAGACCAAAACCAGGAAUCAGAAAAAAAACUAGAGAAACAAUUAGAUAGUGCUAUUAUAUCAUGUCAAAUCAAAGAAAUCAAUAACUUUUUGAAGGAAAACUAUUUCAAUAAUAAAAGAGAUGUAAACAAUUUAAAAUAUGAACAACUUAUUGAAAUAUUUGAAUUAAUCAUAUCCUCAAAUAAUAACAAUAAUCAACCCUCCAAUUUACAGCUAUAUAAAACUUUAUUAGAAAGUUUACACAAAAAAUCAAAACUAUUAUUCGACAACCACAACUACAACAGUAUACUUAUAAAGCAGGGCUCUUUUAACAUACUCUUUAAAAAAAUCGAUAAUAAUAACGAGCUUAUGGAGAAGAUUUUCAACAUUUGGGAACAGUCCAUUAAAGAAUUCUUAAAAGAGUAUGACAUCAGUAAAGAUAAAAAUUUAUUCAAUUCAAUUACAGCAACAAUCGAAAAAAAAUUAACAACCAUUUUAUUGAAAAAAGAACAAGAUUCAAUCGACCUUAAUUCAAUAUUACCAAAUUGGUUCGAAAAUUAUUUAAAGAAAACAAUUGAUGAUGCAUUUUAUAGAAAUCCAUCACCCAGUAAAAAAGAAGAAAACAGUAGCAGGAAAAUAAUUACAGAUAUUGAAAGUUUAGUUAAAACCUCAAAUAUUAGAAAUGAUUCAAAACUAACUCAAAUGUUUUUUAUCGACAACAUACUAUCAAAUCCUCACAAAGCAGACAAAGAAUCUUUAAGAAAAAUCAAUGAAUUUAUUAAUAUGGAUAGUAAUAAUAAUGACCAAUUUCGUCCAUAUUUAAUCAAGUUAUCAAUAUUUUUAAUUCACCAAGGCAAUAAACCAAUCUUGACCAAUAAAGAAAUUGAAGACUUUUAUAUAAUAAAUAAAAAUAGUGAAAUGGUUGCAACAUUUAUUACCAAAUUAGUUGAAUGCUUCCUAUCAAAUAAAAAGAAUCUAGAAGCAAGAGAGGUUUUAUCUAAUUUUAAACAAUACAUCACAAAAGAUAUGAUAGAUGAAAUUAAAUCUUCAUUUUCAAAAUCAAAUCAAUAA